AUGUCGGCAUUAGGAAACCAUGUUAUUAAAGGUAUCGUGAUAAAAUCAGGAAACUCAAGAGAUCCGACUAGGGCUGCACAUGGUCGGUCAACAGAAGUCAAUAACAGAGGUGUAUUAGCAGUAAAUCAGGAAACAGCAACUGUGGUUGCAGUGAAAGUACUAGAUCUUCAAAGACGAGAAUCUUUCAAAAACUUCACGGCUGAAUUCAAAACAUUAAGUUCCAUCCAGCAUCCCAGUCUCGUGAAGAUAUUGACAUCUUGUUCUAGCGUCGAUUUUAAUGGAAAUGAAUUCAAAGCUCUAGUCUUUGAGUUCAUGCCAAAUGGGAGUCUCGAGAACCGGUUGCACCCAGUUACAUUUGACGAUCGACUUCAAAGUUUGACAAGGAGAUCAUUGAGUUUCGAAGAGAGACUGAAUGUAGCCAUAGAUGUUGCAUAUGCAUUAGAUUAUCUCCAUCACCACAAGCAAACGCCAAUAGUCCAUUGUAAUCUAAAGCCAAGCAACAUUUUGUUUGAUAAUGAUAUGAAUGGUCAUGUCGGCGAUUUUGGAUUAGCUAAGUUUCUAGGUGAAGUCACUACCAAUGUAGAAUCGGAAGAUCACAACAUUGGUACUUCAGUCAGGAUAAAUGGCUCGAUUGGGUACGCUGCUCCAGGUACGAAAGUUUUUUCGAUUCCCAAUAACUUUGCAUAA